GCUCCCGCUGCUGAUUCCAGACAGUUGAAGUUGAAGGAGACCAACUGGUUCACCGUUUGAGGACUGUAAUCUCCACCUGCCAGUUUGGUUGAUGUUUGCGGUCACGCUUCUUCUGUGACCAAGACGCAGUUGGGUAGCAGUUUUUCACCCUUUUACUUGGAUACUAUCUUGAAGCCUGAAACUCAGGGGAACGCACCAUGGCUGCAGACUCCCCAAACCCGUCUGUGGGCCCGGGGGACUCUACAAUGAGCAUGGACUCCUGCUCCAUCACCACAAGCCUGCAGUGCAGCUCCUUCCUCUCUGCAAACUUCAUCUGCGUGGUGGAAAAAUGCAUGAGCUCUAUGCAGACGGGGACUCAGAUGGUGAAGCUGAGAGGGGGCUCCAAGGGGCUGGUCCGCUUCUUCUACCUGGACGAGCACAAGUCCUGCAUCCGCUGGCGGCCCUCCAGGAAGAACGAGAAAGCCAAAAUUUCGAUAGACUCCAUCCGUGAGGUUUGCGAAGGAAAGCAGUCCGAGAUCUUCCAGCGCUACGCAGACGGCAGCUUCGACCCAAACUGCUGCUUCAGCAUUUACUAUGGGGAGCACAUGGAGUCACUUGACCUGGUCUCCACCAAUGGGGAGGAGGCACGCACCUGGAUCACCGGCCUUAAGUACCUCAUGGCUGGCAUCAGCGACGAAGACAGCCUGGCCAAGAGACAGCGCACCCGUGACCAGUGGCUCAAGCAGACCUUUGCAGAGGCAGACAAAAAUGGUGAUGGAAGCUUGAGCAUCAGCGAAGUCCUGCAGCUGCUCCACAAACUGAAUGUGAACCUUCCCAGACAGAAGGUGAAGCAGAUGUUCAAGGAGGCAGACACGGACGACAACCAGGGCACCCUGGGGUUCGAGGAGUUCUGCACCUUCUACAAGAUGAUGUCCACGCGCCGGGAUCUCUACCUACUCAUGCUCACCUACAGCAACCACAAGGACCACCUGGACUCGGACGACCUGGUCCGCUUCCUGGAGAUCGAGCAGAAGAUGUCGAAUGUAACAAAAGAGCAUUGCCUGGAGAUUGUGAACAAGUUUGAGCCCUGUCCUGACAACCAGCAGCAGGGGGUUCUGGGUAUUGAUGGAUUCACCAAUUACAUGCGCAGUCCGUCGGGGGACAUCUUCAACCCGGAGCACUACCAGGUGAACCAGGAUAUGACCCAGCCCCUCUGCAACUACUUCAUCGCUUCCUCCCACAACACCUACCUGAUGGGGGACCAGCUCAUGUCCCAGUCCCGGGUGGACAUGUACGCCUGGGUGCUACAGGCCGGCUGUCGCUGCGUGGAAGUGGACUGCUGGGAUGGCCAGGAUGGAGAGCCCAUCGUACACCACGGCUACACCCUGACCUCCAAAAUCCUCUUCAAAGACGUCAUCGAGACCAUCAACAAAUACGCCUUCGUGAAAAACGAAUAUCCUGUGAUCCUGUCCAUUGAGAACCACUGCAGUGUUCCCCAGCAGAAGAAGAUGGCUCAGUACCUAGUGGAAGUGCUUGGAGACAAACUGGACCUGUCCAUGGUCAGCAUAGACGAGUCCGGCCGCCUGCCCUCCCCCGAGAUCCUGAAAGGGAAGAUUCUAGUCAAGGGAAAGAAGCUGCCGGCGAACAUAGACGAGAACGCGGAGGAAGGAGACGUGUCGGACGAGGACAGCGCAGACGAGAUGGAGGAUGACUGCAAGCUGAUGAAUGGAGACACAUCUGUAAACAGGAAGCAGGUGGAAAACGUGGCGAAGAAGAAGCUGGACACCUUGAUGAAGGAGUCCAAAAUCCGGGACCGGGAGGAUCCGGACAGCUUCACCAUUGCCGCCCUGCCACCCUCCGGGAAGCUGAGCGAGAAGCCUACCCUGAAGGGCAAAGGCGAGGACGGCACAGACACCGGAGACGAGGCGAACCCCAACACCAACAAGCGCCUGGGCCGGUCCUUCAUGGGCAGCUUUUCCAAGCGCAAGAAAAAGACAGCCAAGCUGAAGAAGGCCUCCAGUCUGGAGGACACCGACACAGACCAGGAGAGCUCCAGCAGCGCCUCCCGGGCCCCUCUGCAUCACAGCAGGAAGAAGAAGACCAUGAAGCUCUCCAGGGCGCUUUCAGACCUCGUCAAGUACACCAAGUCCGUUGGAGUACACGACGUUGAGACGCAAGCGGCCGCCUGCAGUUGGCAGGUGUCAUCUUUCAGUGAGACCAAGGCCCACCAGAUACUGCAGCAGAAGCCUGGCCAGUUCGUCCACUUCAACCAGCGGCAGCUGUCACGCAUAUACCCCUCCUCCUACCGCGUGGACUCCAGCAACUUCAACCCCCAGCCCUUCUGGAACGCUGGCUGCCACCUGGUUGCUUUGAACUACCAGUCAGAGGGCCGGGUGCUACAGCUGAACCGAGCCAAGUUCUACAGCAAUGGGAACUCUGGGUACAUCCUGAAACCCACAUGCAUGUGCGAAGGUACCUUUAACCCCAUGAUGGAGGACCCUCUGCCGGGGCAGAUGAAGAAGCAGCUCGUGCUGAAGAUCAUCAGCGGCCAGCAGCUGCCCAAGCCGAAGGACUCGAUGCUGGGAGACAGAGGAGAGAUCAUCGAUCCGUUCGUCGAGGUCGAGAUCAUCGGCUUGCCCGUGGACUGCUGCAAGGAGCAGACCAGAGUAGUGGACGACAACGGUUUCAACCCCAUGUGGGAGGAGACCCUGGUCUUCACACUCCACAUGCCGGAGAUCGCCCUGGUGCGGUUCCUGGUGUGGGAUCACGACCCCAUCGGGCAGGACUUCAUCGGUCAGAGGACCAUCGCCUUCAGGAGCAUGAUGCCAGGUUAUCGGCAUGUGUAUUUGGAAGGUAUGGAGGAGGCUUCCAUCUUUGUUCAUGUAGCUGUGAAUGACAUCACUGGUAAGGUCAGACCAGCCAGCGGUAUAAAAGGGCUGUUUCACAGAAACCCAAAGCAAGCUUCGCUGGACAGCCAUGCUGCUGCGCAGCUCAGUCGUAAGACCACCUUCGGCGCACACCUCCUGCGUAGGACCGCCAGCGCCCCCACCAAGGGGCAGCCCAAAGUCAAGAAGGGCUUCCCAGAGAUCUCCAUCGACACCAAAGACUACAGCUCGGAGGGCGCCAGCGAGGACAGGGAGUCGGAGGACGCCUCCUCUCAGCCUCGGUUCGACUGCGAGGGGGACAGAGCCGCGCCACGCCCGCGGGACGGCACCAACGGGGAGCUGCAUCCCGACAGCGACAAAGACCAUCCCACAUUGCAGAGAUCAACCACUCCACUGCAACCCCUGGAAAGCAUUGCUGAGGAAUUGGAGGAGAGAAAAGCCUCUCGUUCCACACCUGUGUCCAGUCCAGCAGGCCUGUUCCAUCAUAUACCUCCUGUGCCCCCAUCCCCCAAGACAGUAACCCCCUCCUCUCCAUCUCCCGCACUGCAUUGUGGGAAAAUAAGCCCAGUGAAAGAGAGGGAAGAGGACAGCCCCUGCUCUCCUGUGAACACCACAUCCUCUAGCACCACUGAACCUGCCAUCCAAGAAAGCAACACUGGCAAAGCCAUCAGAGAGGAGUCUGAGGACCACAGCAUUAAAGAGCCCUCCAUGACUGUCAGUGAUCCUGACCCGAGGUGCCACGCUUCUUUAAGCCAGCAAAGUCCAGGCGAGGCAACACUGGUCAAAAAUGCAGCCAAUGGCCAGGCGGAUGUGGAGUCUGUGACCAAUCAGAAAGUAAACGGGACUCUUGUCAUGGAAAACCCUUCCCAGAGAGUGCAGGCCCUGAAGACCCUGUUCUGCAAAGAGCCGGCGCCGAGCACCCAGGCUGGCCAGCGGACACCAGUUCGAAGGACCAAAAGCGAGGGGCACGUCAGGGCGACGUGCUCUGGGAGCGGGCAGUGGGCCGUCCCGGAGGUGUGCACAGACGCCACCCUGAACGACAGGCUCUGGAGCAAGCUGGACCUCACCAGCCACAGAGACAGCGUGUCCUCUUCCUCCAGCAUCUCCUCCAACGACACUGUGAUCGACCUGUCCCUGCCCAACCUGGCCAGGAAGAGCCUGACCAGCCUCAACAGCGCCCGGGAUGACCCGGAGGUGGCCGCCGGUGGCAGGGUGGGGCGCCCGCUCUCUGCCGCGGCAGGCUACGGCACACCGCGGGUCGUCAAGAGCAAGUCCAACCCCAACCUGAGGGCGGAGGACAUGGGAGAGCUGGAGGACGAGCUGCAGCCCCGGCCCCUUGCCAGGGAGCCGCGGGACCCCGCCCGGCUGAUGCAGAGAAGGCAUACCUGGAGCAGGCUAUACAUGGAGAGCCUGCGGCAGGCCUCGUCCGGGGCCAGGAAGCCCCCGGCGCCGGCCCUGGCAGAACCGGAUGCCGGAUCCAAGUCCAAGAGCCUGGGCGACCUGACCUCGGAUGACAUCGCCUGCAACUUCGACAGCAAGUACCGCAGCAUCAGCCGGAGCUUCGUGGUGCGGCCCACCAGGGACCCGCGCAGGGCUCCCAGGAAGGCCGCGGAUGACCUGGCGGAGCAGCUGAGGAGGCUGACGGAUGUGGAGCCCCUGACACCCAGAGACUUCGCCUCCCCGACCCGGGGGGCGGAGCCCGAGGAAGAGGAGGUGGCAGCGGUCCCUCUGAGGAGGAUGUCCUCCAGGAGCCAGAGCCGGGUGCGCUACAUUGCCAACCGGGCCAAGCAGGCGCAGGAGAGGCAGCGGCUGCAGGGCCUGGCCCAGCAGGGCGGCAGCCCCAUCGAGGAGCGGGGGAACCCCGAGGGGGCCUGCUCCGUGGCCCGGAGCCCCUGCACCAGCCUGGACCUCCUGAGCCAGCUCCCUCCGGUGCCCCCUCCACAGAACACCCAGAGCCCAGACAAUGAGGUCUUUUUCAUGCUCAAGCUCUGAGAGGGAGAGAAAAACAAAACAAAAAAAAAAAACACAUACAACCCGCACUUGAACUUUAAAAUCCCCCGUCCUGAAUUGUGAAGAGACCUGUUUUAAAGUUUCCUCAUGUUUUAAAGCAAUGGAUACUAGCAAAAGAUUUUUUUUUCAUUAUUUUAAAUCUGUGUGUCUCGAUAGCAGUCUGUUCUAAUGUUUACUCAAGCACUGAAAACACAGUACAGUAGCUCCUCUGGAAAUCGGUUUUUCAGAAACGUCCUCACUGCUGGCACUGAUUUCUUUCUCAAGUUACACUGCUGCCUGACACCUUUUCAAGGGCAUAAAUAAAAUUUUAACAUACGCAAGCUAAACAUAGACCUCAAGACAACACUAACAAAGAUGUUAAGUAAAACAUGACUGAAAUUCUGCAUUUAACCAAUUUUAAAUGAACAAUUCACAUCCCUCACCCACUGGCUGAAAUCAUCAUUCCCAAUCACAAAUCUAUUUACUCUGUACCCUGACAAGUCCUAUUUAAAGUACAUUUGUAUACUAGUUUUCUUAAAGUAGCUUUCUGUUCACACCAGGAGAAUAUUGUCCAUGCAGUUAAUUUAUUUACACUGUAUUUUUUAAAAAAUAGAAACACUAGUUAGAAAAAUGGCCACAGCAUCCUGAAAUAUGUUUCCAUUAUGAUUCACAGUGACCUCAGCACCUGAAAUGUCAUUGUGAAUUGGUAUGGAACAGAUACAGCAUUCUAACACUUAGGUUUAGACCUAGUUUGAAAUAUCCUACUGUAACUUUGUCAUUUUUUUUUUUUUUUAUUAAAUUAUGUAAGUACUAACUGACGACAAGUACUGUAGUUACGCUACUUGUUAGCAAUAUUUUAAACAUGAUUAUCAGUACAAUGCAGCAGUAUUGAAGAAAAUACUGUUAGUGGGAGGUUUUUAAGACUAGAUCAUUGCUAACCUGUUGAAGCCUUUGUUCUUGGCUGUACAGCACAGGUGGAAUGAAAUU